GAACAGCACUACUUCGGCUUCCGUAGCUGAAAUGAUCCUUACUACACUUUCUUCCAGGCAUUUAUCGUUCAAUUCAUUUCCUUUCCAAAACAAACGCAUAUUUUAACUCGAGUCAGGCACAACUACAUCCGGAAGGAAGGAGCAAAGGACUGAAAUACGCCUGUUCACCGUUAGUGAAUCCGCUGUUAGGGACAUUUUUAACGUGAUCUGUCAUGGUUGAUAGUUAGCACGUACGCUAUCAGGGUAUAGCUCGCUAGAAGAGCUAAUAUCGUUUUAUUUGAAGUGUUUUUAUGUCAAUACAGCGGUAACGAGAUCAGCUCAAAUAUGAACAGUCGCACUUGAUGGACUGCGAUCUUCACUGCAGUUGCGGACGACCUCACGACAGUUGUGUCGAAGUUGGAAAUACGGAAAUAACAGCCAUUUAUGGCCCACAUAAUCAAUUAGCUGUAGUUUAAGUGUUAAAAUACCAUAUAUCGUCGCCUUGUUUCGAAAGAUAUUAAAGUGUAUGGCUGUGCGCGUGCCUGUCAAAAGUGGAGAUUAAUAUCUAGGUCGUGCGCGAAGAUUAGUGUUCACAGCAGGAUGUCAAAGGGAUUUGUGAGCUGAGAUAAAAACAAAAACAUGUCAUUCUCCCUUGUCAUAACAUGCAACGUUUAGCUUUAUAAAAGAAAUCCGUGUGUCGACAUUUGCCGUACAUAAUAUAGAUGUUUAUGCAUUGGAAAAGCAGGCUGUCAAAAUCACUUUACUGAUCAAAUACUCUAGAAAUCAGACACAUCAUGUCAGGUGAAAGUAGUGGCAGUGGCGAGGACUCCGACCAAGAAACCCCCCGUAAAGUUUGCACUGUUAAACACGAGAUCACUAAUGCAAACCUCACAGGAUACACUGAGAAAGUUGGCAUGGAGAACUUUGAACUUCUCAAAGUGCUUGGCACUGGAGCUUACGGGAAAGUGUUCCUGGUCAGAAAAAUCAGUGGCCACGAUAAAGGCAAACUCUAUGCCAUGAAGGUUCUGAAGAAAGCAGCCAUUGUUCAGAAGGCAAAGACUGCUGAGCACACUAGAACAGAGCGGCAGGUACUGGAACAUAUCCGGCAGUCACCCUUUCUGGUCACCCUCCAUUACGCCUUUCAGACGCAAACCAAACUGCAUCUCAUAUUAGACUAUGUGAGUGGAGGAGAGAUGUUUACUCACCUGUAUCAGAGAGAUCAUUUCUCAGAGGAUGAGGUGAGGAUCUACGUGGGAGAAAUUAUCCUGGCCCUGGAGCAUCUGCACAAGCUUGGGAUUGUGUACCGGGACAUUAAGCUAGAGAACAUCUUAUUAGACAGCGAUGGUCAUCUGGUUCUGACAGAUUUUGGGCUGAGUAAGGAGUUUCUAGAAGAGGAGAAAGAGAGGACUUACUCAUUCUGUGGCACUAUAGAGUACAUGGCACCAGAGAUUAUCAGAGGCAAAGCUGGCCAUGGCAAGGCAGUGGACUGGUGGAGUUUGGGGAUUCUUAUGUUUGAGCUGUUGACGGGAGCGUCUCCGUUCACUCUGGAGGGAGAGAGAAAUUCCCAGAGUGAGGUGUCCAAGCGCAUCCUGCGCUGUGAGCCUCCAUUCCCCUCGAUCAUUGGCUCCUUGGCGCAGGAUCUACUGCGAAAGUUACUGGUGAAGGACCCUCAUAAAAGACUCGGCUCUGGUCCCAGAGGAGCCGAGGAGAUUAAGUCUCAUCCUUUCUUUAAGGGUUUAAACUGGUCCGACUUGGCUGAGAAAAAGGUUCAGAGUCCAUUCCGACCAGAGCUACGUAAUGAGUUAGAUGUGGGUAACUUUGCGGAGGAGUUUACAGGAAUGGAGCCGGUCUAUUCUCCUGCCAGCACACCACCUAGUACAGACCGUCUGUUUCAGGGCUACUCUUUUGUGGCACCUUCUAUCUUGUUCAAUAAGAAUGUGGUGAUGGCGGAUGUUCUGGAUGCUCAUGUGAAUGUUGACAGGCCUGGUUCUGCUACAGUUCAGCGCAGUGCUAUGCUAAAGGACUCCCAGUUCUUUCACCACUAUGAGCUGUGCCUGCAGGGGGCUCCACUGGGCGAGGGUAGUUUUUCUGUUUGCAGGAAGUGCAGACACAGGCAGAGUGGCCAGGAGUACGCUGUAAAAAUCAUCAGCAGAAGGAUGGAGGCAAUGACUCAGAAAGAGAUAGCAGCACUACGCCAGUGUGAAUCUCACCCCAACAUCGUCACGCUCAAUGAGGUCUAUACCGAUCAGUAUCACACGUAUCUGGUUAUGGAGUUGUUGCGUGGUGGAGAGCUGUUGGAGCGAAUAAGGAAAAAGAAGAUGUUUGCAGAAUGGGAGGCAAGUCAGCUGAUGAAGAGUCUGGUGUCUGCGGUCAGCUACAUGCAUGAGGCUGGAGUCGUACACCGAGACCUCAAACCAGAGAACGUGCUGUUUGCUGAUGAGUCGGAUGACUCAGUGUUGAAGGUGAUUGAUUUUGGAUUUGCGCGGUUGUUUCCAGCGGGAAGCGGCAGCGCGCCCCUGCAGACCCCCUGCUUCACCCUGCAGUAUGCCGCACCGGAGCUCUUCCACAGCUCGGGAUAUGACCAGGCCUGUGACCUCUGGAGCCUCGGGGUGAUCCUGUACACCAUGCUCUCUGGCCAAGUUCCAUUCCAGAGUGAGAAGAAAGGAAUGACAUCAUCGCAUGCAGCUGACAUCAUGCACAAGAUCAAGGAGGGAGAUUUCUCAUUGGAUGGAGAAGCCUGGAAGGGUGUGUCUGAAGAGGCCAAAGAUUUAGUGAGAGGUUUAUUAACCGUAGAUCCUGAGCGACGGCUGAAGCUCUCGGCUCUGAAAGAGAAUGCCUGGCUUCAGGGAGGUGGCGUCAUGUCCUCCACCCCUCUCUGCACCCCUGAUGUUCUGGAGUCCACCGGCCCGACUGUCCGUACCUAUGUCAAUGCCACCUACAAGGCAUUUAACCGGGGAAAACGUGAGGGCUUUUUCCUUAAAAGCGUUGACAAUGCGCCACUAGCAAAACGUCGGAAGAUGAAAAUGACCAGUACUGGUGUGGAGACAAGACGCAGCUCAUCCUCCUCCUCCUCUUCCUCCUCUUCCUCAUCCGCUUCCCAUUCCAAGACGCAGAAUUGCCAAUCUUUGAAACCCCACGAGGACCCCAAACUGUGACAGCUCCCGUUUGACUGAAAAGCUGCUUUGAUGUGGUGAGAGAAUGUAUUGCAAAAGCAUUACAGGGCAAAAAAGACCUAUUAAAAAAGACUACGCAAAAUAAAAUAACCCUGAUAUGGCAACACAUUCAACAUUAAUUGAAGUAUCUGCAGGAGUAAAGCCUUGUGCUGACAAGAUCAACAGAUCAACUUGGAUUUUCAAGUCAUUUGGAGGAAAGGGAUUUUUAUUUUUAUUUUAUCAAGGUGGCUCUCUGUAAACACAAUGCCAAGGAAAUGAUCUACAUUAUAUAUAUCUUUUCAUUGUUUGAGACUGUAGACAUUUUAAUGAAUGUAAAAAUGUUAUAUCAUGUGGUGGGUAUCUACCCACCUUUAGAGAGAUCUUUUAACUGCUAGAGAUGAUUGAAAUACGUGAAACUGAGAUCAGGGAAAGCUGAAAUAUUAGGGAAUAGUGGACAAGAAAGCCACAAGAGAGCAAAGCCAUACGUUGAGAAUUAGAGUGGACUUCUAUUUUAAUGUAUUUUAAUGAUCCACUGAGCAAAGCUUUAUGUGAAUCAUGUACAGGCUAUUUACAUAUCACUACUUUCAGAAGUUUUCUCGAUGUUUGCAUGGCUAUAGUAUUUUGAAUGUUUUACAUUUUUUAACAGUUGACCUAUGAAGUCAGACCACACAAAGUCACUGAAUCACCAGUUAGAAAUAAAUCCUAUCCACACUUCUGGGUGAAUCUCACAAAGACAUGUCAGUUGUAUUUCUCCUCAAAAUCAAAAGAAAAAUUUCAAUAUUAAAAAAUUAUUAAACCACAAGUUCCACAAAUCAGCACAAAUGCAGCAAUAUAUACUUACAAUUGUACUUUAAUAAUGUGGGGGAAAAAAAUAUUUUUUCAUGGUAGUAUGAAAUAAAAAAAAACUAUAGCCAGAAAUUUCUUGACUGUUUCUGUGAGAUUUACCUUUUGUGUCUCGAUCUUUUUACCUUGUGUCUUAUUGCUAGUUAUCACGUGAAGUGUGUAGAGAUCACUUUAUAUACCAUUACUAACUUACUUGAUCGAUUUAAAAAGGUUUGGAUAUAUGAAUCUCUGGCUUUAAAAACCAGAUGUGGCGUUUGCUUUUAUCAGUGUACUUGAAAUGUUGUGCUUCAUUAAUAGUGUGCACAGUCUUGUCUCUUCUACUGAGCUGAGGGAUCCCGACAUCCACUGCCUAUUCAAUUCUGCUAUCCGUCGACUGUAAGGGCUGAGGUUCACAAGACAGCAAUCAAUCCCUCACGUUCUUAAGGGCUUUCACAAUCGCACAUCCACGCUAUAAUCGAGUGACCCUCUUGCACUGUGAUGAGUGUGAGAGAUGGCACUGGCAUCCCUCCCUAUUUCCCUUUUUUAUUAACCAUCUUCACGGCCAUUAGUCUUGCAAUAUUUUGACUUGAUGUACAAACAUUCAGACAUUUUAGUGUGGAGUCUUUCUGCUGUAUGUGCUGUGUAAAUCUACCGAAUGACACUUAGGAUUCAGACUGCGUGUUGAGCAGACAGUUUUAUUAAGAUGCAAACAGGUGUCAAGGCCCAGUAAAACACCUCCAGCAAUGUUAUAUAAACUCUGGUUUCCUUUAAAGAGGUGUGAAGCUGGCAGGUAUGAACAAUUUAAGUGUCAGACGGAUUGUUUGGCACUGUUUUUAUUGAAAUAACACAUUCAUCAUUUGUUUGUGCCAAAAUAAUCAGUUAAUGGAGAGUGAUACUGUUCUGUAAUAUAGUUUUGCACACAAGAUGCACUAGUCUGGAUUUUUUAUGCCUUUAUUGUUCACAAGUGAUGCAUUUGUCAGCUUUUAAUUGGUGGAAACAGUGAAACUGUUUGUGAAAAGACUGGAACAAAUUCAGCACAUUCUGAUGCUUAUCAUCAAGGGGUUCAAAUGCAGAAUUUUGCUCAGCAUCUGCAAUCAAAGUAUCUUUCAGACGCAAUCAGCACAGUUAUAUCAUGCCGUGUGAUGAAAAUAGGUUUGACUUUAGGCCUUUUAAAAGAAUAGUUCACCCAAAAAAUGAAAAUUGCCUAAAAUCGACUCACCUUCAGGUCAUCUAAGAUGUAGAUGAGUUUGUUUCUUCAUCGGAACAGAUUUGGGGAAAUUGAUGGACUGGAGUUGUGUGGAUUAUUGUGAUGUUGUGAUGUUCACCCAUUCACUGAUCCAUUGGUGAGCAAGUGAUGUGAUGCUACAUUUCUCCAGAUCUGUUCAGAUGGAGAAAUAAACUCAUCUACAUGUAUGGCCUGAGAGUAAGAAAAUUUACAGGAUUUUUUUUUAGGUGAACUAUUCCUUCAAGGGAUGAUAUAUCAAUGAACACAGUGAUUUUACACUAUUGUUUUAAGUAAAUCUGAAUCAUUUUGAUUUCUUUUGUUGCACAAGUUUGUCAUGUCAAUACAUUUGGGCUUUAAAAACAGUAAUUUUUUUAUUUAUUUCUUUUAACUUGCUCUUUAUGUCUUUAUUCACAGUGUUAUGGCUUUUUGCUUAAUGUAGUUUAGUUUAUUUUUAUUUUUUUAAUUUGUCAGUAAGAACAAACCGUCUGCUCUUAUUAAAUCAUGCACUGCCUUUUUUCUGAAAGUUCUACAAAUGUACAUUUUUGAUUGCAAAAGUUUUACUAGACAUGAUUUGACAUCUACAGUUUAAGGGUGAACUUGCCGUGUCUCUUUAUGGCUUGAGUGUGGUCUGAGUAUAUUAUGUUAUGUUAGGGUUCUGAUUUGCAUGUUUUGUUUUCCUGGUAACUUUCCUGGUAACCUAAAUGUUCCAUCUCUGCCAAAAAAUGUUUUGUAAUAAAAAAGAGAAUUAUGGAACAGAAAUGAAAUACACUGUUAUAAGAAUAAAUGAGAUGCAUGGUUGU